AUGCCCGGCUCCACCUCCUCCGCCACUGCCGCCUCCACCUCCACCACCACCGCCGCCUCCACUCCCACCGCUACCGCCGCCGCCGCCUCCGCCUCCGCUGCCGCCACCACCACCACCACCUCCGCCACCACUCUCAGCGCCACCCCCACUCCCUCCGCCGCCUCCACUGCCACCUCCACCGCCCCCGCCAGUCCCACCCACGCCCUUGCCCCCCUUGCCCUUGCUAGAGCGGCCGACUAUGCUCUUUUCCGCUGCUAG